CCGGUAUCUGAGGCAUCUGAGCCAAUGAAUCUCAGUUCUGAUUUUCCAGAUACUAUUACAUUGGACCAAGAUGCCAUAAGUCCAAUGGAAACCGCCGUGGAUGACGAUAUCUCAGAGCAUGCGUCAGCAGAGCCCUCGGAAGUCGUUGAUGCAGUACCAUCCAAUUUUGUCGACGAUUCUCAGAACAUAAUGGCUCCACAUACCUCUUCCGCUUCAGAUAUCUUACAGCGUGCAUCAACGGAAACUAAAGGGUCAAGAAGUCCUCCACUGGGCGCAGGUACAGGAUGCACUCUGACCCAGCCUCCUGCUACGAUCUUUCCACCGUCCAUCACUACAGAGCCUCCGCUGUCACAAUCUACUGCCGUCGUCACCUCCUCCAGUGAUACAAAGAAAGCGUCGGUAGAGCAUUUUCCGCCGAUGCCUGCCGCGCAAACUGCCAGCUCGAGCUCAGCAGUCGAGCUGACGCUUCCUUCUCUAACGACCUCGCCCACAGCAGAGCCGUACUUCGAAUACUCCAUUCAUCAGACAAUUUCCUUCUCACCAUCAGGUACAACCAGAACCGAGCUCUCAGCCCAGCCCUUCAUAACCCUCGACAGCGCAAACGCGCAAACGGAUAAGCUCUUCCAGAACGCCAGACAGCAGUACGAGAUCCUCAGCAUGCGAUGCCAAUCAACAACCACCAAGAUCCUCCAUACCGGCAUCUCAGUCUACGAAGCAACAAUGCUCAGCAUCGACGACCCAUCCAAAACCCUGACGCUCAGGCUCUGGGUCGAGCGCGCCGAAGUAAGCGUCUACGCGAACCACACGCCCUCCGCCUCACCGACCGCGCCCCUUAUAAGCAAGGUCCUCUACGCGCUUAGAUUGUGGCGCCUCGUUGACGAAGCAACGGCCACCGACUCUGACUCCGACGCUGAAGACGACAACGAGGACGAGGAGCAACAGAAAGACGAGGGAAAGCAGAUUCGCAUCUACCAUCCCCUCCCACAAAUCUGCACCCAACUACACACCACCCUCGAGUCCGCAAACCGUGCGGCGCGACGCGUGCAGAUCGAGCUGAGCCAUGAGAAAGCGCCGAAACCAUUCCAGGCGAACUGGCAGGCUCAGAAGCUCAGGGAGUUGAAUGGCAAGCUGGUGGACUUGUGCAGGGAGGUCGAGGAAGCGGCAGAGAGUGGAGCACCGAGUCUGGUAGAGGAUGAGGCCGGAGGACGAAGGGGGUACUGGAGCAGCACAUUCCAGGUUGGGCCUGGUGGGCCUGUUUUUGAGUUGCUGGUUGCGAGCGUGGGAGUGAGUGGACUGAGAAAUCUGUAGAUGACGGAUUCGUGAUUUAGGGGCUUGGGAAGUUGUGCACACCAUCAGAGCGACCUGUGCAAAGGGAGAUGCUGGCGUAAAAUGCUGUAAUAAAAGUGUAGCUCUCGAUUUGCUGCAACGAAGAUGCAGGGUGACCAGAGUCUCAAGGUAUGGCAGGUCUGCAUUUUGUGGCAGGCAAAAAUAUGAAAAAGUCAUGAGCGCG